GGUUGAUACCACAUCAAACCCUUCUGUAUUAACUAAUACCUCAUGUUAAUUGUGUUGGUUGUGAACUCAUGAGGUACAUUAUAAAAAAUGAAAUAAAUCGUCUUUAUCUUUCAUUACCCACAGUCAUCUAUUGCUCGCAAAAUGACAUCGCAGGUUAACUCUAUCUUCCAUUCCUUUUCCAACUUCACUCCAAAGGGUCAACGUCUGGCGAUAGCAGCGGCAGCCGGGGUAAUUAUCGGGAUCCCGGUCUUCCGUAUCGCAGCCGAAGACUACCGUGGAUAUCUUGCUCUCGGACCCGGAGGUCCACCUCACAACCUCAUCGGAUGGAUUGGUCAAAUCCUCCUAAAGCCACUGAAGAGGGAAUCUUUUCAUACUAGCUGUUAUGAUGAGAAGGCAUGUGAGAAGGCAGGUCCUAAUGGACAUAUCGCUUUCUUGAGCGAGAAAGAUGUCCCUGUUCGUAAAGCACCGAGACCGAUGAUAGGGAAGUGGACGGCUCCGAGUCGACAGCUGACGGAUAUGGCGAACCACUCUCUUAUCGAUCGUUACCAAUCAUUCCUGUCAUCUCUAGCAUCAUCGUCUUCCUCAAAGCUCAAGAUCGCAACAUCUCUUGCAGAGCGACGAGGCCCAGCCCUCUUUGUAGUUUCCAACAAGCCUUCCCAUCCAGUCGCAAAGCGUACAGGAGGGGAGAUCGGGCAUAUGCAUGGGAGCGAUGGCUCAAUGCAUAUUAAUCUGGCUCCAAAGGAUGCGAGGCUUGUUUUAGAGAGAGGCUGGGGUCAGCGUCACCCGCUGAGUGGUACUGUUCUGUAUCUUGGUAACGUGAUGGUUUACGCGCCGAGGAAUGAGGAUGAGCUUGAGAUUGUGAAGAAUAUUACGAGAGCGGGUGUGAAGUUCAUGCUUGGUGAGGAGUGUUAGGUCAGAGGAGCGGGAUUGAGGACAUGUAAUAUCGUGUUCAAAGGAUGCAAGGGCAGAUUAAUUUAUGACAACCAGCUCUCUUUCUAUUCCAACAUGUAAUCACAUAGUACACAGUCUCUGAAGAGGUAACAUGAGGGUACAGCAAUAUCCCCAUACUGGAUAUUGCGACCUACCGUGAUAAUAUGCUCCUGCCUGAAUUCAGAAAGAACUGAUAACAACUGCAUCAGCCAUUAACUGCAACUAUGAAGUCUUGCCUACGCGAGUAAUACAGAUAAUGGAUACGUGG